UGUUCAUGUAUUACUAUUCUUGAUUGGAGCUAUAGCUUUUUUGGUAAUUUGAUAACACCACGAGCAGUAAUCGUGUUUGAAAGCCAAAAACAUACAGAAUGUGUAAACUCUUUUGAUGUACUGUCAGUUUAGGAGCAAAGUAACCAUUAGUAAACAGUCUAGGAAAUCUGAAUGCAUCUGCACGUCAAUGUGAUCUUCUGUUCAUCCCUUGUACUGCUUCUAACAUUGAUGGGUUUUUGCGGACAAUGUUUUAAUGCUAGCUGUUGUAAGUAGUCACUGUGGUUUCAGCAUGAUGCUUGCUGUAUGGAGUUUGCUAUCAGUUUGACGCAUAAGCCUUUCGAAAUUAAUUCAACUUGACUGAAUUUUACUUUCCUCUCUUCUCUCAUGCUUAAAUUUCUUGCGUGUGUUUAGUAUGAUGCGCAAGAGAGUUGAUGCUCGCCGCGUUCCAACUCUGAGGGAUGUGCAUCCACACGAAAUGGAGUUUAUGUCUCAGAGUAUACCACAAAUUCCACAUUGAACGAAUUGGCUUUGGGAGGAAGAGACUAAACUUGGUCGUGUUGGACACAGAGUUUAUGCCUGCUAGGUCAUUUAUGGAGAGUGAUGUACAUGCAGAUAAUACAAGGGUGCAUUUCUCUUACUGUCAAGAAGAAGAUUUAGGUGGAAUUCUGUUCACCGAACAAAUCUUCCUUUUGGCGAUUGGAGACAAGGAGUUGAGUGGAAGGUUUUGGUUCGGCAGAUUGUUCUUCACUAUAUUAGUGAGUGCCUACCUCUUUCAUAGUAAGCUUAAUUUACACAUACAUAAUUCGGUGCGUAGGCUGACUUGGACUCUAGCCUAAUUCACAUAUAUACUAUGUGUCCAUAUAUAUCCGCUUGUGGACAAUAUACAACAUGUUUUGUGUCCAAAUCCGCUUGCAGAUAAUAUAUAACAUGAUCUGUUACUCACUUUUCAGUUACAUUACAAGAAUAGUUGCGAAGGCCAUCCAGUUUGUUACAUGGUUUUCUAAUUAUUUAUUUUGCAGUAUUAUUUUUUGUUACAGGGAUAGGAAGAAUAAGGAAUGUAUGUUGCAAGGUGUUUUGCUACAUGUUAUAUUAUCCUCUGUAUUUUGGCUCAAAUGUCCAAAAAUUAAUGUAGAGCAUAAUUGAUGAGAAUUAGCAGCAUGGCAAUCCGAUCCGCUUGAAAUAAGCAUCAUUCAUUCACAAAAGAUCAACUUGGCUUGCCAUUUAUGUCCUCAAAAUUAUGAAAAUAUAUGAAACUGACCCAAAAGCAAAUGAAUGUUAAACAAAGUUUAAGUAGUACUUUGAGAAUCCAAUGUGCAACUACUUUAUGCAAUGCAGAUUUCAGAUUUGAUUUUGAUGUUGAAUCUCAACUUAUA